AUGGAGACCGGACUUUACACAGUCACGCCACCAACGAUUGCUCCUAAUUCCACUACUGGAGUACGAUUAACGAAUUCGCAGUCGCCUGAGCUACUUACCGUCGGCCCUGUUUUCUGUCUAGGCUCCGAUGCGGAGAACCAGGAGUCAUUAACUGGGACCACCAAUCAUGCUGAAAAGUCCGGCCUCGCACACAUAGCCCGUCUCAUCCGUUCUGCUCAGGAGCUCGCUCAAGCACUGGAGGCAAGUAAUCAGAGAUUCCUGUGGGUUCUCCCUCGACUACGUGGAAACUAUUCCGACAUCAAGGAAAUGCUCCCACAAGGUUUCCAAGACAGAGUUGUAGACAGAGGAGCCAUGGUCACCGGAUGGAUAGAUCAACUAAAGGUGCUUCAUCAUCCGUCUCUAUGUGGAUUUGUAUCUCAUUGCAGCUGCCUGUCGUUCCUAAAGACUAUCACCUCUUGCGUGCAAGUGUUGACUUGGCCACAGGCAGCUGAGCAGCAUCUGAACGCGAGGUUUGUAAACAGUAUCUUGACUGAGUUCUAA